AGACCCGAGCGCGAAGCGAGCGUCCAGGCUGGCAACUGGCGAGGCCCCCGGUGGGACUAUUAGCAGAGCGCGCGCCUGGGGAGCUGGCCUGACACCCAUCGCAGCGGCCAAGCUGAGAGGAGCGAAGGCUCCGGCCGCUGGAAAGGAGCCUCCGCUGCUGCGCGGACGCCCUACUUUCUCUCUCCGGCGCGGCAACCGCGACACGUGCCUUUGGCGCGCCCGCAAGCAGCGGCGACCAUCCCGCCGCCCAGAGCGGCCUCGCGCUCGCGGGGCUCGGCGUGUGGUACCUCCGCUCGAGCCCCACGCUGCGCGGCCACCGCCGGCCCCACCAUGAGGCGGGAGCUGAGGGCGGGAAGGGGCAGCAGCAGCAGCAGCAGCAGCAGGAGCUAACCGCCGAGCGCUGCCUCCGCCGCCUCGCUCUCUUUUCCCUCAGGAAGCCGAGAGAUGCAAGGGGCCAAGCCAUGCCGCCGCCGCCGCCGCCACCACGCGCUGCCUGCCCUCUUCUUCUUCCUGCUCUUCACCUCAGGACGGGCGCCCAGAGCCGAGGGCGCCGCCGCCGCCGCCGCCGCCAAGAACAAGACCCGGGACCUCCAGAACCCGGCGGCGGCGGACAGGAAGGCGCUGCUGGAACUCUUGCUCAAAGCCCUUCGCGAGAGGAGCAGCGGCCACAGCCGCCCUCAGCACCAGGCGCCUUUUCACCCCUUGGGGGCGGAACGGGUCAUCGCUCGGCGCUACACGACCGGCGGCGCCCUUUACUCCUCCGCCUCGGUGGAUCGAGAAGCCAGAGUGAUCUCGUCGUCGUCCUCCUCCUCCAGGGAGCGAGCGGGCGCGCAGGCACCCAGGUUCUUCACCUCUUCCAGGCAUUCAGAAGUAUUUCCAAGAGAUUCCAACUUAAAGGACAAGUUCAUCAAACAUUUUACAGGUCCAGUUACAUUUUCAGCUGAAUGUAGUAAGCAUUUCCACCGGCUCUAUCACAACACACGGGAUUGUUCAACACCAGCCUAUUAUAAAAGGUGUGCAAGAUUGCUGACAAGGUUAGCAAUGAGUCCACUGUGUACACAGCCAUAGGAGGCCUGUUAUACUUUUCUGCUAAGACUGAACUCUGGUUUGCCGAGAAAGUGCCUUGAAAUCUGUCCCAAGACAAAAGAGAAGACAUCUUGCUCUUUUUUUUAUUUACAGCAUUGUUUUGUUACUAGAUGCAUUUUAUUUUCAUAUAUGUCGGACAUUCCAUAUUCGUGUGAAAGGAACGUAUUUUAUUUGAAUUUGUAAAUAUGUUGCCUAUAGCUCAAAUAAGCCAAUUUAUUUAAAUAUGUUGUAUAUAAAGACUACUACUAAUAUACUAAUUAAAUGUUAUAUGCAGGGAGUUGGCUGGUGUGUUUGCUGUUUUCUUGUUUCAUUGUUUGUACAUCAUUUUGCUCAGGCUCUUACUUUCAUUAUUUGCACUAACUUGAAAAGCAGAAGUCUCUGUAACUGAAAUCUGAAUAAGCUGCAAGUGGGAUGUUUUACUUUCUGUGGAAAAUAUUUCAUAUUAUGAAGCUUUUGGUAAUAUAUAUAUAUAUAUAUAUGCCUACAUAGUAUAUAUAUUAUUGCACAUCAGAACAAACUGCUCAAAAAUGCACACUGCUUCAGGAAACAUUUGUAAAUCUGUUUUGGAUUAUCAUCAGUUACGUUUGUACUGGCACUUCUAGAAAGAGUCGCAAAUAAUGUAAAUAUAAAGACUGGAAGACUGCAAUGCAGUUUGGGUGGAAUAAAGAAUAUGGAUCUCACAUUUUCAUGUUUUUCUUGACCCUUUGGGUGAA